AUGAACCUCCCACUCACCGACCCAGUCCUCUUGGCGCAAGACAUCCCAGACGUGCUCACAGCUCGACUUCGCAGCUCCGGCCAAGCAGUCUGUCUUCGCUUCAGCCACAAAGGCGAUCUCCUGGCCUCCGGAACAGCCAAAGGUACCAUCGCCAUCUUCGACCUAGAGACAAAUGGCGUGGCGCGCAAGCUUAAGGGCCACACCACCGGUCGCACAGUCCAGUCGCUGUCAUGGGAGAAGAGCGGGAGAUAUUUGCUCAGCAGCAGCAUCGACUGGAAGGUCAUCCUCUGGGACUUGCAGGAUGGCAGUCGCGUCCGCGUCGUCAGCCUGGGCGCACCCGUCUACAUCGCCGAACUCCACCCGCAGAAUCAUCUGCAAUGCGUGGCAGCCCUCUACGAAUACCGACCAGUCCUGGCCGACCUCACCUCACCCACCAAGCCAAUCCAGCACGCCCUCCCAAAUCUCCCCCUACGAGCCCCCCACGAACAGGACGCCAACCCCGAAAAAGCAGAUGCCAAGCACUUCACCACCGUCGCCGCCUUUACCCCCUCCGGCAGCCACAUCAUCACGGGAACAACAAAAGGCUGGCUCAACAUCAUCUCCACCACCACCCGCCAGACCAUCUCCUCCCUCCGCCUCUGCAGCAAACCCAUCCUCCUCAUCCGCCUCAGCACCAGCGGUCGGGACUUGCUAGUCAACGCCUCCGACACCAUCAUCCGCACCAUUAAACUCCCCGACCUCUCCAACCCAGCCCUCUCCCCCGACCAAAUCCACCUCGACGUCGAGCACAAAUUCCAAGACGUCGUCAACCGCCUCUCCUGGAACCACGUCGCCUUCUCCAGCAACGCAGAUUACGUCAUGGCCUCCACCCUCAUGAACCACGACAUCUACAUCUGGGAACGCGGCCACGGCUCCCUGGUCAAAAUCCUGGAAGGACCCAAAGAAGAACUAGGAGCAGUGGAAUGGCAUCCCCACCGGCCCUUCGUCGCCGCCACAGGGGUAGAAAGCGGAAGGAUCUACCUCUGGGGCAUCACUACGCCGCAGCGCUGGAGCGCCUUGGCACCGGAUUUCAGCGAGGUGGAGGCGAAUGUCGAGUACGUGGAGGCGGAAGAUGAAUUCGACAUUCAGCCGGAAGAAGAACUGGUCAAACGCCGUCUGGAUAUGGAAGAUGAAGUCGUGGAUGUCUUGACGGUGGAUGAGGGACAGCUUGAACGGGAGGGACAGCUUGAACGAGAGGGAAUGGGGGAAAGGGGCAGAGAGGGGGAGGGCGGGGGGGAGUGGAGGAUGCCCGUGUUGUUGGAUAUGGGGGAGAGUGAUAGUGAGGAGGAGAUGGUGGCGAUUGGGACCGGGCAGUUUCGGCGGAAGAGCACGGCGAGGGAGGAGGGGGAUGAGUUUUUGGAGGGGGAGGGGGGUGGGGUUGGGGAUGAGAGCAGGGAGGAGGAGGGGGAGGGGAAUGCGAAUGGGAAUGGGAGGAAGAGGAGGCGGGGGGAGUGA